AUGAAUUAAGCCUCAAAUUCUCAUUCCAGAAACUUUUAUAAUUAUAAUGGAAUCGCCUAUUCAACAGACAGCAUGAGAGUGUAUAGUAAAUCUCCUAAAAAUACAUAAUAAUACAUUAAUCGAUAUUAACCAUGUAUUUAUUCCACAAUGAACAAUAUCUAAAAUUUACAAUCUCUCAAAAAUUAAAUAUCUCAAUUAUAAUCAGUUUUAACUCAACAACAUCGAAAGAGUAGUUUUACUAGAUCAAAAGCAGACUCUUCUGCUAAUAUGUCAAAUGAUCGAUCCUUUUAUACUAUGAUUAAAGAAUAAUUGAAAUAAGUAAGUAACUUAUAAACCAUUGAAAAAGAAACAACCAAUUUAAAUAUUAACUAAACUACUUAACAAUUCAAAAAGGAUUAUAUCAGUAAUAAUAAAUUAUUAGAAUAAGAUAUAGAAAAAUAAUCUAAAAUUAUGACACCUUAGGGUAGUGCUGCUAAGAAUACUAGUAUCUUAAAAGAAACUACAAAUAAUGUAAUCAAGAGUGAAAAAUAAUAAGCAUUAAAACAUCUACUCUAUCCUGUUAGUGAAACCAAAGGAGAUAAAAUUAUUAAAUAAAAUAUUAAAUUGGAAGAACAACUUAGAGUAGGACUUUAAGAUAAAUUGACUUAUUUAGAAUCUAAUAAAUAAGAAAAAUUAACUAAAUUAACAUAAGGUUAUCAAUUUAUAUUUAUUUUCAGAAUUUAAAAAUGCUAAAAAAUUAUUAGAAGAAGAUUAUUAGAAUCAAGUUUAAAAUGAAAUUCAAAUAUUUGAAAGAAAAUUAAGAAAAUUAAUGAUGUCACAAAAUAAAGAUAAGAAACUUAAAAGACUUAAAAAAAAUAGUUUGUUAUUGAAUUCAAAAUUAAAUCAAGAAUCACCUUGUAUGGUAUUGUUUGCAAUAAUUUGAAUAGCUUAGAGCUCAUCAUAAUCAUCAGAAAAGGAAAUUAAGAGUUCUUAUAAUUUAAUGAAUACUUUCAAAAAAUAAUCAGAUAGAACUUAAUUAGUCAGUAGUUUUAAAAAGGAUUGUAUUUUAUUUUAUUAAUCAUUUUUAGCUUCCAUAAAUAAGGAAAAAAAGUAAAAGGUUCGUUUCGAAAAUGAGUAGGGUAUUCGUUUCAAAACAGAAACAGAAAAUAAUUGA